UCCGACAGCUAUCUGUUGCCCGAAAAGAGCAAAUCGUCGAAACAGAAGACACCGGUCGUGAAGAAGACCUGCAAUCCUAAGUGGAACCACACGUUUGUCUUCGAGGACCUGUCCGUACAGGACCUGAGGCACCGGUGCCUGGAGUUGACAAUUUGGGACUACGACAAGAUCACCAGCAAUGACUUCCUGGGAGGCGUACGGCUCGGUAUGGGCUCCGGCAAAUUUGAUGGCAAAACGUGCGAUUGGAUGGACUCAGUGGGCGAUGAAGUGGCUCUUUGGCAACAGAUGAUGGGCAGACCCAAUAUGUGGGUCUACGGGGAACUGCAUCUAAGGUCAAGUAUGCAAACGCGACGAUCUUAA